AUGUCGUAUUUCGAGCCGAUAAUAUUAACCCAUAAGAAAAGGAAGAUCAAGGAAAGCAAUAAUUUCCUAUUCGACUUUAAAGUUUUGAGCUCCGGAAAUGACAAGGGAUGUGUGAAGUCGAUAAGCAUUUGCAGCAAGUUCAUUGCGAUUGGUUGCAAUAAUGUGGUCAUCCUGAAUAGCAUAACGGGAGAGAGAUUAGGUAAGAAGUACCAGUGCCAAGAAGGUAUUACGAAAUUGAAAUUCAGAGAUGAAGAGAUGUUAGGAGUUGGAUUAGAAAAUGGGACCAUAGAUCUCGUCGGAAUAUUUUGCUUUGGAAGAAUAAAAAGUUUGCGUGGACAUAAAUCAGCUAUUAAUGAUUUAAUUUUUAGCUCCAAUUUUCAAACCUUAUAUUCUUGUUCUAGAGAUUUUACGAUAAAAAUAUGGAACAUAUGGGAAGGCAUUUGUGAGCGUACCUUAGAUUAUCACAUUGAUAGUGUAACGAAUAUUUGUUUGUAUACAUUUGAUGGAAGUGCAGGAGAUGGUCCUCAUUUAAUAAGUUGCAGUUAUGAUGGUUAUGUAUAUUUGUAUAACAUAAAUUCGAAGAAAAAAAUCAACCAGAUAGAGUUAGACGAACCAGUUGAUUGUUUAAAUAUUUUUCAAAAUAAUUAUAUUGUUUUAUCUGUGAAAAAUGUAAUUAAAUUUUACAAAUUGCAGAAUCUAGAAUUUCUAAAAAAUGUGAUAAUUUCCACCAAGACUUGUUUUUAUUUGGGUAGUUUUAAACAUUACCUUGUGGCGGCCAGUUUGGAUUUGUCUAUAUAUUUUUUGGAUCCUUUCUACAAGGGCAUGGAGAAAAUAAAAGUCGUGAGCAUUGCGAAUUUUUUGAGUGCCCCUAAAUCGGUUGACUUUUCAAAUGGAGUACUAGCCCUGGGAGAAAUGAAUGGGAAAUGGCUUAUCGAGGUGUACAAUGAGAAAGCGAAGCAGAAAAAACGGAAGCGUAAGGACAGCGGUCCUUUGGUAGAUAUUCCGGAGACGAUUCAUAUCUUCACUAGCACGGAAAUAAACAACUACUUAAAAAACUUCAGAUAUCAUGAUGCCCUCAUGUUCGUGAUAAAGACAAACCCCGAAUCAACGUUAUCCCUGCUGGACUACUUUUCGAAACACAAAGUUAUGAUCCCCGCAUGUCGAACAUACUCUAUCGAGGACACCAUCAAAGUGUUAAACUUUUUCAGAAAAAGAUUCGUAAUGGACAUUUUAAUGUUUGAGUUUUUCUUUUCCUUUUUCUAUGUAAAUAAGUGGAUUGCCACUACAAGGAAUCCCAAAUUGUUGGACGAGCUGAACGUCUUGAGAAGGGGAUUUGAGAACACGCAAAAUUUUAUGAAGUAUUAUCAGAAUUUAAAAGACAUCGCGGAUUUUCUGAAGAGUUAA